AUGGAGUCACUCGUAUAUGAGAAUUCGCCGCUAGCCGACUACCUCCAAGGUGAAGGCGAGAGUGAGGAGAACUGGCUUGUCCAGGAGAUGCACAGUGAGGAUGAAGCAGACGUUCCGUCCACCAACUUUGCCCCACGGGGAGCCUCCAAAUUCCAGGAGCGUGUACGCAACAAACUGCCGAAGCCCUUGCAUUUGGUAAACACGCGACACGGAAGGGUGGCUGAGAAGUUGUAUAGUGCUUGCUCAUCCGCCUUAAAUGCGCGCAUCGGACGAGGUGACAAUGAGAGGUUUCUGGAACAGUUCGGAUACGUUAUCGUCGCCUCGCAGUUGUUGAACGAGCAUAGCGCCCCCUCCUACACCUCCGCCGCAGACGUUGCGUCCACUUUCCAACCCGUAGAGCUUCCCUCUCUUUCUACAACAUUCGGUCUGCACGGUGCCAUUGUUACCGGCGCUACGUCUUUCUCGAUUGCUUUCUUGCUACACUGGUGUCGGUCUAAAACGGGAUCCGGGCUCAACCCACGAAGAAUCGGAGUGCUCUUGGUUCUUGUCCCGGUGCUGGGCGUUGUUUUCUAUGCUUUCGCAAAGAGGCAGUGGCUUAAAUACUUGCGGCAUCAGGCUGUGGAAGCUGCUGGCACCUUCAUUGGAAAUGCUCAAGGAUUUGACUCGGCUGCGUCCGCUUCGGUGGUCUUCAUCCAGGAGGUGGAACUGGUUUCCAGAGGAUAUCGGAUAAGCACACCUUUACCGCCGAUUAGUCGACUGGAGGACCAAGUUCAGACCAGACGGUGCCUGAGACUUCGCCGGGCCGUGUCGGAAUGUUUCUGGUCGAUGCUCGAACGCUAUAUUCAAUCCCAAAAUACCCUACGCCCUCUUACCGACGAAGGAAACCUGGCUAAAUAUUACGACAUAUAUGACAUUGGACUCGAGGACCUAGAAGCGAUCGAAUUGACCUUGGUAAACCGGUCUCUGGAAGACCAAUACUCGCUCCGUUCCCUACGGGACUUGUUCGGGAAACUAUACACCGUCAGAAAAAGCGUCUUGUGCUGUCUGUUGGCUCUGAGCGCCGACGGAGGCGCCUCAGAUAUUGCGCGAUGGAGCUCCGCCGUGGAGGAGAUGCGCGAGCUUGCCGCAGUCACUGGAGCGAGCAUGACUAAAAUGACUAGAAUCCUGGAUGAGGAAGAUCGGGAUGCCAUUCCUCCGUCUCCGCUGCCGACCGCCUCCCCAAGCAAGGAGAAUGUGCGUGCACAAUUCCGACGACUCAACUCCCUAUUCCAGGGAGUGCGUUCCUUGCAUGCAAAAAUGCACAUCGUCAGUGAGGAGACCAAUGCCAACAUGGACCGGCCGGACACCAGUGAUUUCGAAGCAACUCUUCUUUCGCAGUACGACUCGAUUGGCGGCGACAUUCGGGCUCUUCUUCAUGAAUGGGAAGCAGGGAAAGCUGCUAUGGUGAAUAGCCAACACCGUCUCAAUACUUUGGACCGCUCCCGGCCCACAAGUACAGUCUUGCCAUUGUCACCAACCCCUAGCCUGGGGGGUACUACAGCUGUCGAAGGAAGCCCCACUGACGCCCUUAAAGCUCUGAACGGCGACUCUCGCCCCGACUUGACGCAUAGUUUUGAUGAUGAGGAGAUCUUCGAGGCAGUUGUGCUCCCCGCGUCCAGGAAUAAGAGAGCAUCUUUAACCAGAGAUGAACGUCUGGCUCGCGUGCGAGAAGAAAGGGUGAGACAGGCCACCGCCCGCGAGAAAGUGGACGCCAAUACGAACAUGCUCAAGGAACUGGAGAUGGUCAUCAAACAGCGGCCUCGAAAUACCCAGUCUAAACGAGUGACUAUGUUGGAAGCACGGCUCGAGCAGGCAAGCCUUUUGAAGCGCGUCGUCGACGCCAUCAAGGAUCUGGUGCAGGACUGCAACUUCGACUGCAAUGACUCCGGUAUUGCGCUGCAGGCCAUGGACAACUCACACGUUGCCUUGGUCUCCAUGCUACUCCGCGCGGAGGGCUUCUCCCCGUACCGUUGCGACCGCAACAUCGCUCUCGGCAUCAACCUGGUCUCCCUGACCAAGGUCCUGCGUGCCGCCCAAAAUGAAGACAUCCUGACCCUGAAGGCCGAGGACUCGCCCGAUGCGGUCAACCUGAUGUUCGAGAGCGCCGAGACCGACCGCCUCAGCGAGUACGAUCUCAAGCUCAUGGAUAUUGACCAGGAGCACCUGGCUAUCCCCGAGACUGAAUACGCCGCUACCGUCGAGAUGCCCGCGAUGGAAUUCCAGCGUAUCUGCAGGGAUUUGAACGCCCUGUCCGAGUCUGUCGUCAUCGAGGCCAGCAAGGAGGGCGUUAAGUUCUCCUGCUCCGGUGACAUUGGCAAUGGCUCCGUCACCAUCCGCCAGCACACCAACGUCGACAAGCCCGACCAGAACGUCUCCAUCUCCCUUUCCGAACCCGUCGCCCUGACUUUCUCCCUCAAGUACCUCGUCAACUUCUGCAAGGCCUCCAACCUUUCCAGCUCUGUAAAGCUACACCUGUCUCAGGAGGUGCCUCUGCUCGUUGAGUACGGUCUGGGAAGCGGUCACUUGCGGUUCUACCUCGCCCCCAAGAUCGGCGACGAGGAGUAA